GAUCCUGAAAGUGAUGAAAUUUAAGGAAAAAUAAUUAGGAAAGUAAUGGUCGUGAAAAAAAAAUUAAACCAUGAUUUACAAGUAACAAUUAAAAGAGACUGCCGUUAAGAAAGCUGACAGGUGGACAUUACUACCGCUUUAAACGGUCUUUUUUUGUCCUUUUUGACAAUAUAUUAGUAACGAAGAAUAAGAAUAAGAAGAACCAUAGACACCACAAAAAAAGAUAAUAGUUGACCACUUCCAAAACUGCGUUGUUUAAAGAAUUACCACCAAUAAUAGCUCUAUCUAAUAACAGUCUCUGCCCAAAAUAGUAGCGCAGUAGCCAACCACACAAAAUGCAGGAUAAGGGAACCCGUAGAUUUUUCCACGGACCAAUAACCAGUUCUAAAUAAUGGUGCAAUAAUUUCCAAAAUUGAAAGGUAUGUGCCAUAAUGUUCUCUAUAUAAAAUAGGUUUUCAAUAUAAAUAUUGAGCUCCAGUAACUUAUUAACACUUAUUUGCAUAUAAUGUAAAAAAGAAUAUUUCGCAACACUUUUGUUAAUUGACUACAUAUUCGUCGUAAAAAAUAAUUUUGCUAAUUUAUAAAAAAAGUAAAAGAAAUAAUUUAAAGAGUUAAGGGAAAAAAGAUCCGUGUUUCAAAUUUACACUUACAGUACUGUGAAAAGGUUUGUUAACAUCGUGUUCGUGUAACGAGCGUGGUGCACACGAACCACGAUAAAAUCGUGGUCUUCGUGUAUAAGAAAUAUUCAAACAUUCUAUCGUGGCCACCACGCUAAUAUAAUUAUCUCCACGAAGGAUCGUGUGUCCCACGAUCUUUUUCGCGAGCUCCACGAUUUAUAUAGAUUUAAUUUUUUUUCUUUUCAAAAGCGUCGGUAAUUUGUUUUAUUGAGUUUAACGAACGGACGCAAAUAAAUGUUUUGUACGAAAUGUUAUUUUGUAAAGAAAAGUUAAAUUUGUCUGACCAUAAUUUAAUUUCAGUUUUUAAAACUUUAAUAACGCCCGUCUCAAACACAUCUCAUUGUUUUGCCGAUAUUUUUUUGCCAAAAGAACUCUGUUCAAGAAAACGUUGAACCGAAAAUAUAUGCAAAAUAUUUAACAGUCAUUAAAUUAAAGUAGAUUUUAAAAGCGUAUUUGGUCAUCGAGUUUUUCUUUCUUUUAUGUCUUAUCUAUUUUGCCGAUGUAUCUUUCUCUAAUUUUGUCGGCGUCUUUAAAAGUCAGGUGAGCAAUUAGUUUCUCUUUGAAAAAAAAAAGUUAAAUAUGGAUGCUCUGUUUGGCGAAACCAUUUAUACAAUUUACAAAUCAAGACAUGGUGCUUCCAAAAUAUUUCAGACAGCGAAUAAUAAAUCUUAAACAAAAAAGAAUGACCUAUACGCAGAUUAGCAAAAUUAUUGAAGAGGAAGAUGGCAAAAAGAUUUCACGGCAAACAAUAUCAAAAAUUGUUCAAAGAUUUAAUGAAACGAAAUCGCUAGCGCCAAAACGAAAGAGUGGUCGAAAAAGAAAACUUACAUUAGAUCAUCAUAAUUUUAUUGACAAAUGCUAUGAAAACAACGAUGAACUAACUUCAGUUGAUGUUCAAAAACUUGUUAAAAGUGAAUUUCAGCUUGACGUCUCGUCAUCAUGCAUUCGACAAGCAAGACAAAAAAUAGGCUGGACCCUAACUGGUCCCCGCUAUUGCCAGUUGGUGCGUGUACCGAAUCAAGUGUUAAGACUGGAGUUUUGUCAGAAACUUCUUCGGACCAAUGAGCAGUUCGAAGACGUAAUCUUCACCGAUGAAUCAACCAUAAUGAUGGAUAAUCACGGAAAAAUAUGUUUCCGUAAAAAAGGCCGUCUUCCAAACUUAAAACCCACUGCAAAACAUCCUUACAAAAUACAUGUAUGGGCGGGUAUAUCAAAAAGGGGGCCUACGGAUAUCUUAUUAUUCACUGGAAUAAUGAGAAAAGAAUUCUAUGCUGAUGAAAUUUUACAAAAAGGAUUGCUGCCAUUUAUUCAAAGAGUUUACCCUGAUAGACAUCGUUUUCAACAAAAUAACGACCCUAAACACAAAAGUAAGAUCUUUUUAAUUAUUCACUCUGAUGAGAACUUCGUUAUAAAUCAAAUAUACAUGUAUUUUACAAAUAAUUUUGCAAGGAUGCCAUUAACGAGUUCGGAAGACGAAUGA